UGCCAAGUUUUGGCAGUAGCGUUAACGAUUGAGGUUCAAGAAAGAGCUCUCAUAUCAAUUUCGUGCGAUGGUUCGAGUUGAACGCGAACACUGGCGUGCGAUUUGAAAGCGGAGUUCUGAUCAGACUUACGAUAAUCACCGGACAAAGAGGUCUGGCGUACAAUAAUGAAUCCGAGCCGCAAGUUACUACCAUCGACCUGCAGAUGGCACAUGAGUCCACUUCAGUUGGCUAAUGGACCAGCAGUAGGACUCCAAGUCCUACUGCUGGUCGUUUGAACCUAGUAGUAGUAAGUACACCGCCGGUAACCUAUGACUAUUAGCGCCCAUGGUUAAUCUUACCAUCCUUGUAUCAUAACCUAGGCUCAGUUUCAAAUUUCAGCCAUUACAGAGGAAGACAAAUCGUCGAUCAACUCCGGGUUCUCAGCAAAGGAGGCUCAAACUGGACAGCUAGCAGAGAAAUAUAAAGGUGAUAUUUUCCUGUAGAUAACCGUUAGUUCGCUCUGUGCAUUCACCAUCGUUACUGCACCGAAGUCAUUGAUGGACGUUGUACCAGACGACGUUGUUUUGCUCCUUUUACAAUACUGUGAGGUUCCUGGCCUCCUGAAAUUCAGACAGACGUGUAGGAGAAUUUACUCAAUCUCCCUCGCGAAACAGCUAUGGGUGACCCUCUACUUCCGCCACGUCGUAGGACUUAACCUACCUACCCCCACAUACUUGAAUGAGAUUGAUUCACUUUCCCCAACGCAGCUGCAAGCAUUCGUUCUUCAUUCCCUGAGAUUGUAUUACCGCACCGUUCUACAGCCUGAUUGUUGCUCGCCAACCAUUGUUCCAUUUCAUCGAUCUCGUUCGGUAACAUGGGUUCGCCUCAUAUACUCGACAUGGCUCUUGGUUGCUUCAUCCGAUUGCACCAUCAGCAGUAUUGCACUCUGGUCAGUCUACGAUCUUCUAUUAUCCAAGCAAUCCUCGAAGCCAGUCACGGAAGCCUAUCUUGAAGCACCCGUGAGCAACGGCGUGAUCGAUAUCAUCGAUGGGCAUGUCUUUAUUGCUUUGGAACUUCGUGGAAGAGUUCCCAUAGUCGAAGUGUUGACGAUAAUGAAUCGCCCCAAGCGGCCAAUGUUUCACCACCUGCAAAGCGUUUGCAACGUGCCCCAUAUUCGUUUUCUCCGGGGCUCAAUGAUAGGAGCAUCGCUGCAUGAUAACAUUAACGUUCCUUGCGUGUUAAAUUGGAGGCAUGACAUUACUGAGAGGUUACGAGCCGUUCCCGAUUUAGAGGGUGGCUCUGUUGCCAUGCAUAUGGAAGACGAUUGGAUCGCUGUGGUUCGACGACAAGUCGUCGAGGUUUACAUAUUGUCCCCCGACGAGGGUGGUGACUAUCGCUUCUGGAGAUCCGUUAAUUUACCCCACAAAGUCGGCUCUGCGGCAUUCUCCCCUACAGUUCGCCGAGGUCCUUCAAAUCCUAAGAGCCCACUGAGGCUAUGCAUCGCCUGCGAUGAUGGAAUGUUUGUUUACCAGCUUGACUGCAACAUCUCAGCGGGUUCGCUAUCCCUUGUCGCAUUAUGGCAUUACACUGCGCCUCGAACGGACAAGUACAUCUUCGAGGCCUGUCAGGUGUCAUUUGGAGUGACCGAUGGAACCGUUUCCUGGUUGCUGAGCGCUCCUCGAAGUCUGGAACAGCCAGUCACUUUCGCUACGGCCAGAAUUCCUGUUGGUGAUAGCCAUGCGACGCCACCAACGUUCGAUUGGUAUGAUGAUACAAUGCCUGGCCAGUACUGCAUGGGUGUUCGUGAUUACGAUGAAUCGCGAGGGAUCGCAGUCUUUGGAAAUGCCUUUGGGGAACUGGCUCUGUAUGAUUUCAGUGGCUCGGAUGCAUCUUUGUUUGACGGUGCUUUCCGCGAGCUGAGUUUUACGCCGUUAGAGGACGGGGAUCUCCUUCCUACAGACCCGAUUGCAUCCACGCCGGCACCCCCAUUUCCCUAUAGCGGAUCAUUCUGUCUGGAGGAAUGCCAGCCGAUGAUUUUCGAUUUCUGGAAAUCGUAUAGGCUUGUUGAUGCACCGGACGGAUGGGAAACGGACUUCAAAGAUAGAAGAUGGUUCAGUCUUUUCUCAGGUGAAGUACGGGUUAUGAGCUGGGACGCCUGGAGCCUGGAAAAUGCCAGUCACUACUAUGGUCGACCAAUCCCUCUCCUACGAAAAGACUGUGGGUGGGGUGACAUUAUCAUUUUCGAUGCAGGUGGUCUAUUAUUCUUGUGGAAUAGUGAGAAGGAGGGUUUUGACAUUGUACAUCCCGGCGUGACACUGGAGGAACUUACCUGGUUCAUUGAUUCCAAACAAUAUGGCCUCUAUCAGACCUCGCACUGCGAUGGAGAUCGGACUCAGGACCACCGAGGUUCACAAUUCUACACGAUGUGGUUAUGGGAAAUAAAGUAUAUGGGCCGCAAUGGGUGGCAAGAGUUACAUGAACGUGGUGGGCAGGUUCACCCCGAUUUGUUGGACAACGAGACCCUACAACAGGCGCUGCUUCCUCUCCUUUGAUCGCCAAGUUGCGAGUUCUCCCACCUCGCGACGUGUGCAUGAAGCUGUAUAAUUAUUUAGUGUACACCCUUCCAGGCAUGUAAGCUGGUAGACACGUAUUCAUUGUAUUAUGCAAUCAUCUACUAUGGCGUCGUAGCGAAGAGCACUUGGAUUGCACACAUGUUGAUCUGCGAUACGUCUUCUUCUCUCCAGGUCCGUUUCGAGCGUUAUAGAAAAUAUGCAGGGCCUCGUACAUCUAUUGUAAUGAUAUCGGAAGCAAUAUAGAGGGGGGAAAAGGAGGCUUGAAAGGUGUUCCGUCCUGAAGACAUGAUCCUUGUCAGAACACGUUGCACAAAACCUUAUACAGGACCCUUUACUAGUACUAUCGGAAUGAACCAAUCAGAACUGUCUUGACGUCUUGAAGAACAAUGAUACAGUUCUCCCGA